AUCCAAGCCCCUUGGCAACGCUUUUAUCUCCGCGCGCUGCAUCACUGGUGGCGUCGUUACCACAACAACUGCCAGCACCACCUCGACACCCACCAGCGACACCAGUGCACCUGGCGGCGACAACACAACACCUGCCGGCGAUACCACCACACCUGCCAGCGAUACUAUCGCAGCUGCCGGCGACGCCACAACACCUGCUGGCGAUAACACAACACCUGCCACCACCACCGCACCUGUUGGUGGCACCACCACACCUGCCACCACCGCCACCCCUGCCGGCGACACCACCAUACCUGCCACCACCACCACCCCUGCCGGCGACACCACCACACCUGCCAGCGACAACACAACACCUGCUGGUGCCACGUCAGCUCCUUCUGAGUACCCGGACUUAAAGAGGAUAACCACAAGGGUGGCGGAGUCUCGUGAGGUGCAAGAGGUCACUGGCGAUGACUGGACGUGCAAGGACGUGUACUCCAUGUUUGGGCUCACGCUCAAGGAAUUCGUGGGCAUGAACCCGGUGAGUCCCGUGUUGGGCACGUUGGGGGCAUUAGAGUCAUUCACGCACCAUGUCACCCCAUGUGGCACCGUGGCACUAUUUCACGUCGAGGACGUUGGGGGCAUUAGAGUCAUUCGCGCACCAUGUGGCACCAUGUUACGUCAAAUCAUAUCAAUUUUGCACAUCUCUGCCGCUUCUUCACUGUCAUUCACUCACCCCCUCCCUUUCAUUGAAACCAUCCCUCUCUCUCACCUCCUUCCUCUCUCUCACCCCGUUCCUCUCUCUCACCCCCUCCCUCUCUUUCACCCCCUCCCUCUUUCUCACCCCCUUCCUCUCUCUCACCCCGUCUCUCUCUCUCACCCCGUCCCUCUCUCUCUCUCCAUCCCUCUCUCUGAUUCCCUCCCUCACUCUCAUUCCCUCCCUCACUCGCAUUCCCUCCCUCACUCUCAUCCCCUCCCUCUCUCUCACCCCCUCCCUUUCUCUCACCCCUUCCUUCUCUCUCGCCCCCUCCCUCUCUCUCAACCCCUCCCUCUCUCUCAAUCCCUCCCUCUCUCUGACCCCCUACCUCUCUCUCACUCCUUCCCUCACUCUCAAUCCCUCCCUCACUCUCAACCUCUCACCCCUUCCCUCUCACUCACCCUCUCCCUCUCUCACUUACUCUUCCCCUCCCUCUCUCACUUACCCUCCCCCCCCAGGGUAUUGAUUGCUCCAAGUGGCAAAGUUUCUCAACCUCUCCGAGGAAGACCUGUGGAGAAUGACACAUGCGCCUCGGUGGCCAAGUUUCUCAACAUCUAUGAGGAGGACCUGUGGAGGUACAACCCCGGAAUGAUCAACUCCUGCUCACGCCUCCCUGCGUUCCGCUCUCUGUGUGUGGAGAGAGAACCCGCCAAGGCCAACUGGGACUGUGUGAGCCGCGCACUGGCCCCCAGUGUGGUGAACUGGAAGCGCUUUGCCGUGGCCAAUGGAGCCAGCACCCUGGACCUUGUCAGGCUCAACCCGUGGCUGGCCUUCCGUGAUGCUGAGAGCGAGACCGACUCUGAUUAUGUUUGUGUGUCUGCCACCUACAGCUAA